AGAUCAGCAGUUCGCACGUUCCUCUUCCGUAGCUUAUGGUAGUUUUUUGAUUGAGAGCUGGUUAACAGAGAAAUUAUCAAGCUUUGCAGAAAAGCUUAAAACUGCAAAGCGUCAAGUGAAGCGAAGAUCAGGAAAAAGCUUACGUUAGAUAAUAAGAAUUCUGAGUGCAAAUUAUCGGGAGGAAAGAUGAGUGGAGCUGUGCUUGUAGCUAUCGCUGCUGCAGUUGGCAACUUGUUACAAGGAUGGGAUAAUGCUACAAUUGCAGGAGCUGUUCUUUACAUAAAGAAGGAAUUCCAAUUGGAUAGUCAGCCAACUAUGGAAGGGCUAAUUGUAGCUAUGUCGCUAAUUGGAGCAACAGCUAUCACAACAUGCUCUGGCCCAAUCUCAGAUUCGCUGGGUCGUCGUCCUAUGAUGAUAAUUUCUUCAGUUCUGUACUUUGUUAGUGGACUUGUUAUGUUAUGGUCUCCAAAUGUCUACAUCCUUCUUUUGGCAAGACUUUUGGAUGGGUUUGGAAUUGGUCUAUCAGUUACGCUUGUUCCUGUUUAUAUAUCCGAAACAGCUCCACCCGAAAUAAGGGGUUUAUUGAAUACUCUUCCACAAUUCACCGGUUCUGGUGGAAUGUUCUUUUCGUACUGCAUGGUUUUUGGGAUGUCGUUGAUGGAUUCACCUAAUUGGAGGUUGAUGCUUGGAGUUUUGUCCAUACCCUCUCUUUUCUAUCUUGCAUUGACAGUGUUUUUCUUGCCGGAGUCUCCACGUUGGCUUGUAAGUAAAGGGAGAAUGGCUGAGGCAAAGAAGGUUUUGCAGCGAUUGCGUGGAAGGGAAGACGUAUCAGGUGAGAUGGCUUUGCUGGUUGAAGGUCUUGGAGUUGGUGGUGAAACAUCUCUAGAAGAGUACAUAAUAGGUCCAGGGAAUGAUCUCACUGAUGAACAAGACCCAGAUGCUUAUAACGGCGACAUUAAACUAUAUGGACCUGAAGCAGGUCUCUCCUGGGUCGCCCGACCUGUCACUGGGCAGAGUGCUCUUGGCAUUGCUUCUCGCCAUGGAAGCAUGCUGAGCCAGAGUAAUGUGCCUCUUAUGGACCCUCUUGUAACCCUAUUUGGUAGUGUCCAUGAGAAGUUCCCUGAAAGUGGAAGCAUGAUUUUCCCUAAUUUUGGCAGCAUGUUCAGUGUGGCUGAACCUCAUGCUAAAGAAGAACAGUGGGAUGAAGAGAGCUUACGGAGGGAUGGUGAGGAUUAUACAUCUGACAAUGCAGGAGGUGAUUCUGAUGAUAAUUUGCAAACCCCAUUGAUGUCACGUCAAACAACGAGCAUGGAUAAAGACAUGGUACCACCUGCUUCUCAUGGAAGUAUCUUAAGUAUGAGAAGAAAUAGUAGUCUCAUGCAAGGGAAUGCUGGGGACACUACCAGUAUGGGUAUAGGUGGCGGUUGGCAGCUGGCCUGGAAAUGGUCAGAAAGAGAAGGGCAAGAUGGAAAGAAAGAAGGAGGAUUUAAGAGAAUAUAUUUGCACCAGGAGGGAGUUGCUGCAUCUCGACGUGGGUCUAUCGUUUCGGUACCUGGUGGUGAAAUCCCUGAUGAAAGUGAGUUUAUCCAGGCUGCUGCUCUAGUGAGCCAGCCGGCUCUUUAUUCGAAGGAGCUUAUGGAACAACAUCCCGUGGGACCAGCUAUGGUUCAUCCAUCUGAAACUGCUGCAAGUGGGCCAAGGUGGCGGGAUCUCUUGGAACCUGGAGUCAAGCAUGCAUUGGUUGUUGGGAUUGGGAUUCAAAUACUUCAGCAGUUUUCUGGCAUAAAUGGCGUUCUCUACUAUACGCCUCAGAUUCUUGAACAAGCAGGUGUAGGAGUUCUGCUUUCAAACUUGGGCAUCAGUUCAACUUCUUCAUCUCUCCUUAUUAGUGCUGUCACAACUUUGUUGAUGCUUCCUUGUAUUGCUGUUGCCAUGAGGCUCAUGGAUAUUUCGGGUAGAAGGUCGUUGUUGCUGACUACCAUCCCUAUUUUGAUAGUCUCUCUCAUUGUACUAGUCCUCGGUAAUGUUAUUCACAUGGGCUCCGUGGUCCAUGCUGCAAUUUCAACUGUCAGUGUUAUAGUCUACUUCUGUACCUUUGUCAUGGGUUUUGGCCCGAUUCCUAACAUCCUCUGCUCGGAGAUCUUUCCUACCCGAGUACGUGGUCUUUGCAUUGCAAUCUGUGCGCUAGUGUUUUGGACCGGGGACAUCAUAGUCACAUAUUCACUCCCUGUGAUGCUCAACUCCAUUGGACUUGCUGGAGUUUUUGGUAUCUAUGCAGUUGUCUGCUUGAUAUCAUGGGUAUUUGUUUUCCUAAAGGUUCCUGAAACCAAGGGCAUGCCUUUGGAAGUCAUUCAAGAAUUUUUUGCUGUCGGUGCACAGCAAGCUGCUGCUGCGAAGGAUUAAUCAAGUGACGGAGAGGUUGGAAAUUCAAUUGGUUAAUCGGAUUUACAGCUAUAGAAAACAUAAUCGAGCUCUAGUCCUGAUAGAUGGGUUCCAGUGGGGAUUUGGAAUUCAAGGGAUAACAGUGGGGGGUGAUGAUUUCUGGAAGAGAAGGUAAAUGACUUGAAGUGCGAUGAAGAGGGACUCGUGAUAAGGUAUUUCAGGGAGCUUGGUGCCACUUCGAUCGGCAUUUUAUUUCUUUUGUAGGUAUUAUAUAACAGGAAUCUUUACUUUUUUUCGUACAACGCUCUUGUUUCUUUUAAUUUAAGCGUUUUCUUCUCUCUUUUUGUUUUGUUUAAAUUUGUUGAAGUUAUAUUAUUUAAACCUGAAAUGUUCCCGAUAUAAAAUUCAAUCACUCUAGCCAUCA